CUAUUUCCCGACGAACUUGGCACGCAGUCAUCUGUCACGCCAAGGAGAAAACAAAUGAGAAGGAUGACCCAGAGCUCCCUCAAGACUUCAACAGUGAGAAAAGACUGAUGGGCAACUAGCUAGUCUAUUAAUAGCCAUCUCUGGAUCAGCACAACAAAGGAAUUGAGAAGGAUCUCUUGAAGCAGCAAAAAAGAAAGAUGGUGCAAGGUUGCGUAGCAUGCAUGGGAAUGUUGGGAGUCGGCUGCUCGAUUGCCUCUUUCAUUUGGUGGGGCGUUGAUCUGGGCCACUAUCAAUAUAGCUACGUGGUAGCAGCCAUGACCUGCAGUGCCGUUGCAGCAGCCUGGGCGUUGGGUGGCAUGUGCUUUGCAACGUGCAUAGAAGGCUGUAUACCCUGUUGUGGGAAACUUUCUUCGGCAGGAUGUUUCUUGGUGGCAUCCGUUAUCCAGGCUUGUACUGCCGUGAUCUUGAACUCCAAGCCAAAAUGCGUCUUUAGCAAUUGUGAAAUUGGUGGUGCUACCGUAGUUUCUUUCACUGCAGCUGCCCUGUACUUUGCAUCUUCUGCGGCGGCCUGCUUCAUACCAAGUCCAAGUAAUAAAAGAGACGAAGAAGAAGGCUGAGUGUGUGUGUAACUAACCUUGGUGCGUGGAGUCAUGGGGCGGGCUCUGCUCUGUUAGCCAAAGUUGCUUUAUUUGAGCAAGACAGCAAGACUAACUGUAUUGCAUAAACUAACUAGUAAAGUCUCGGUGGAGGACACUUGUGGGUCUGUACUUUGCUACUCUUCUAAUCCUUAGCUUCUGACUUUUGGCGUUAUGAUCUAUAAAACUACCAAUGCUC